UCAACCAUAUUUUUGUCUCAGAUUCUAUCCAACUAUUCCACCCCUCCGGUAAGCUGUGAUUAUGCGCCCUAAUCUCGGACAGUGGUCGGCUUUAGUUCUCUUCUGCCGAUUUCCGAUUGCCACCUACCAAGUACAUAAUGAUUCAGAUGGCUGUUACCGUAUACAUGGCAUGGCGAUGUAACCUCCAGCCCUAUUUUGGCUGUGGCGCACCACCGUCUGGCUGUGGCGUUUCCCUCUUUGCCCUGGCGGCUGGAUGUUGGGUGCCGGAUUUCGCCAUUUCUCGCGUCGAAAUUGAGCGUCCUCAUCGGCGUCAGCAUUGCAUGGUAGACCUAUAGCCGUCAUUAAUUUAUGCAAUAUACAUAGCGCAAUAACAGAAUUUCCACACUUACCGAAACCUGUCACAUAUUCAACCGCCAUCUCUAUGAAUCUGAGCUCCCAGUAUACGGAGAGUGACUCUCGGCAGAACGAAAACACCUCACAAGCAAACACCUCCAAUGCUGACGAGAUACACCCUCAGCUGGACUCGUCAAACACAAGCGUUAGACAAGCCGAACACACACACACCACUGCAGAUACCCAUGAAGGCAUGACGGGAUCCGGUCCCAAGAAAACCAAGAUAGGGGCUAGCGGAGUGACUACAUUUAUGGACGAGGGUGAAGGACUUGGGGCAGACUUGAAAGCCACCGGGGAAGCGCCGAUCAUGAUUGGCGACUCCAAAGCGUUGAAGCAGUUCGACGGUGUUCGUGCUGGCUCCAACCCCGACGAUUCGAGCGUGAUUGACGAGACAAACGACCUUCCGUCGGAAAUCACGUUCGAGAAGAUCUCGGUUGCCAAACUGCGUACCCAGUCAGUGCAGUCGGUGCUUUCCACCACGUCGCUCCGAGCGUUGACCGGUUUCUCGCAGUUUGCACUGUCCCAGACCGAAGACUACCCUAACUCACAGUCAUAUGUCAACCUUCAGUCACAUAUCCAGGCCCCUGCGGUUUCCACCACGGCUAAGAAGUCCACCGUUGAAAUCGGCACCAAAAUGCCGUUCUACGUUGGUUCGGUGAGCGGUUCACACGACGACCUUACGGCCCAGGCGUUGAAGAAGCUCAACUUCAAUCCCAUCUUUGACGAAGAGAACCAGCAGGCGGCAAUCUUGGGAAGCACGCUGUUUAUUCCAAACACAACCGGGGGCAACUAUACCCCGGCGCAGGUUGACUUGUCUUCGUUCGCCUCCUUGACCAGACAGCCCAUAUCCCACCGACAGACCCCAGUGUCGAACCAGAGCUCAGAGACGCUUUCCAGUUUAGCCUCGCGGCUGACCAUCCAGCAAAGAGGCGGCCUUGCGGUAAACACGGCGCCUCCCCAGGGGCUAACCCAGCGGUUUCCCCUGGCCGUCUCGAUGUACGAGCUGAAUUCGUACUCCAUUCCCUCACCCGCUGCUGCCUCAAGAAUGGGCAAUAGACCGAACUCUUCGACUACCCAGUUGGCCCAGUACCAGAUGAAUACCACCGUGUUCAAUCCCACUCCUGUCCUAAGCCAGGGUCAGAAUCAGAACCAAAUCCAGGGAGUUUUCGGAAAUGGUACUCAACCGACACAAAAAAGCCCGUUACAGUCAGUGGCGGCGUCUCUGAACGCCCCAAUCCACUCACAAGCUCAAAUUCAGCCUCAGAAUACUGAACAGCCACAAGUUGCUUUAUCUGGUGCACAGCCUCCAAAUGGAACCAAAAACGGACAGAGUCAGACGGCGCAGUCACUAGGCGGUAUGCAGAACCGGCUGUCACGUUCCCUGCAGUCUAGUCCGGGCCACUUUAGUCCUGGUCCGCCUUUCCACCCGGCUGCCCCCUCUUACAACUUGCCCGCGGACCCUAAACCACACUCGCCCAUGGAAGAGCCAAGGGCACCAGCCAAGUCUUUGCAGCAGAUGAAAGACCCCAGGAAGCCAAUGUACUUGCCAGCGGUGUUGCGUCCGCCUCCAGAGAUGAGUAUUGAUGUGAAUAGUAACCUGCCGCCCCAAAACCAAAGGCACCCCGAGUUGGAAGGCAGCAACCCCCAAGAAGGGCUUGGUCCGCGGAGGCCGCAGAACCCCGGCCAGAACUUCCACAAUACGCUCAUUGCCUCCACGCUCCGCAAGCAGACCCUAACCUCAGCGUCCUCUGUCCGUUCUGUAUCGCUGAUCAGCACUCUUCGCGAGGAACAGCCGACGCGAAACCACUGGAGAAAGAACGAGUCGCGGGGCUCUUGUUCGUACUGUCUCAAGCAAUUCACGUUCUUCACGCGUCGCCACCAUUGUCGCCGAUGUGGAGACUUGUUCUGUGCGGACCAUGUGUCUCAUUCGGUGAAUUUGGACUACGAGGCUCAGUUUACCUUGGGCGGAGUCGGCUGUUUGAGCAAGGUGUGCGACUGGUGUAUCCGAGACUACGAGGGCUUUGCCCAGUUGGCCCUCGAAGAUAUGAAAAGAGAACAGGAGGAGAUUUUGGCGAAGCGGCAACAGCUGCAACAACGGCGGCAGCUGGUAGCACCUGGGAAGGAGGGGCCUAGACGGGAUAGGCAAUACAGUGUAGUGGGGGAUAAUACCGGGGUAAUCCCUGCUGAUUGGAGCUGGAGUUCCUUCUAAGAGGGGUUACGACUUUAAUGAACGGAGGAGAUAUAAAUACAGGUGUGGUUGCCGGACUAAUAGUGACGUACAGAAUUCAAUAGCUUAUUAUCUCUCGUUAUAAGGUAUAGAGUAGGUAAAGGCUGAGAAAAUUUUAUGUAGAGAGGGUGUUUUUUAUAUUGACCAGCUCAAUUAGAAUGUAAAUAUCGUGG